AUGGACAACCUGACUUUUCGGACAGUGCUCGUGACGUUUAUGCAUAGAAUCCAAGGAGUUAGGAUUCUUAAAAGACGGGAAAUACCACUGAAAUGCGAGUAUGAAAUUCAAAGCAUUCAGUCAAGUUCACGGCCUCAACUGCGAUCGGCGGUCGUUAUCGAUGAGGGCUUUAAAUCCAGCGAUGUGAGCCUCGAUCAAUUGGUUGGCGACUCGAACUUCCAGUUAGAAGUUAAUGACUUGGGAAACGGAUUUUUGCUUGGAAAGAAAUUCAGCAUUCAUAUUUCUUUCGAUUCGCCUCUGGAAAAACUAGGCUGGUCAAUUGACUCCUGCAGUGUCGAAGUUCAAGGUGAUGAAAAAUUCGACUUCUUGAAAAACGGAUGCGGCCUCGAUUUCCUUGACAUUUCAACAAGUGCGGAUUGGUUUCAAAUUGGAUCAGGAAAUGUUGAAAUUUUCCUAAAUGCUUUUGAACUUGGCGAUUCUAAUGGCGCAUUUUCGAUGACCUGCGAGAUUAAACUGUGCUACGCCAGCAAUGGACUUGAACCUGACGAAGAAACUUACUGUAACUUAUUUUCUCAGAGAAGAUGCGAAAACGAGUUCACUGAUUUCUCGCUUUCCAGUUCAGAUAUUUUUAUGCUCAAAUAA